AACUCCACAGCUGAAUUCUAUAAGGAUAACAUGUUUAUCAGUAGCAGUGAUGAAGCAGCGAUGAUCAUCCACAGCGUCUCUAAGUCUGAUGCAGGUUCCUAUAAAUGUAAAAUCUCUGGAGCUGGAGAAUCACAAGAAAAAUUCCUUUUUGUUAUUGGUUUAAUCCUGGAGGGUCUGGUCUCUCCUGUGACGGAGGGAGACUCUGUGACUCUUCACUGCAAAAAUAAGAAGGAUCCCACAAAAAACAUUGCAGAUUUCUACAGACAUGGCGUCCGUAUCCACACUGGCUACGAUGCAAAGAUGACCAUCCCCAGAGUUUCUAAGGACGAUGAGGGACCUUAUAAGUGCAGCAUCUCUGGAUUUGGAGAGUCAGCAGAAACCCAGCUGGUUAUACGAGAAAAUAAUACUUUUACGCCUCAAGAGAAUCAGAAGAAUUCUUCAACCUAUGGCAGCUUUUAUUUCUUUGUCCGGUUAUCAGCUGUCAUUGGAUUGUCGGUGGCUGGACUUCUGGUGGUGGUGGGGGUUGGCUGCCUCAAUACAAAAAGAGCUGGCUGAAGGGCACAGAGGAGCAGCUGGGAUCCAGGUUGUGAACAUUGAACAUGAACAUUUUUGAG